AUGAAGAUCUCUACCAUCCUCUGCUCUACCCUUCUCGCCGGCACCGCCGUGGCCGCCCCUCUGACCGAGAAGCGUCGCGCUCGCAACGAGGCCCGCAUCCAGGCGCGCAACGCCAACCGCAAGAGCAACCCUCCCCUGGUCCCGGAUACCCAGGAGAUCCUGCAGCUCAACAAGACCACCCAGGAGCAGUACAGCUCCAACUGGGCCGGUGCCGUGCUCAUCGGAUCCGGCUACACCUCUGUCACCGGCGAAUUCACGGUCCCCAACCCGUCCGUGCCGACUGGUAGCUCCUCUCGCGGAGAGUACUGCGCCUCCGCAUGGGUCGGUAUCGAUGGGGAUACCUGUACCAGUGCCAUUCUUCAGACUGGUAUCGACUUCUGUGCGCAGGGCGGCUCCGUCUCGUUCGAUGCGUGGUAUGAGUGGUACCCCGACUACGCGUAUAACUUUGAUGACUUUGAUAUCUCGGUCGGGGAUAAGAUCAAGGUUACAGUGGAUGCGAGCAGCAAGACGGCUGGUACCGCGACGGUUGAGAAUGUCUCGACUGGCCAGAAGGUCACUCAUCGGUUCAGUGGUGGCGUGGAUGGUGAUCUGUGUGAGACUAAUGCGGAGUGGAUUGUCGAGGACUUUGAGUCUAGUGGCUCCCUGGUCAAUUUUGCGGACUUUGGAACGGUUACCUUCACUGGUGCGGGGGCCACGACUGGCGGGUCGACUGUUGGGCCGUCCGGUGCGACUCUGAUUGAUAUCAGACAGAAUGGCGAGGUCUUGACUUCUUCUUCUGUGUCUGGAGGUGAGGUUACCGUGAAGUACCUUUAA